AUGUCCGAUCCAAAGGUUUCCACACUUUGGCAAGAUAUUGAAUAUGAAAAGAAACUAAAUACUGUACGAACAGAGGGGAUAUUACAAGCCGCAAUAACGACAACCGAUGAAGUCAUAAGCGCAAUUAACACAACAAAUGCAAUACACCAAUAUAAUCUCAGAUCUUUGGUCCUGGCGAAGAAAGUUAUACAGAAAUCUAUAAUGAAUCAGAAUCAAAAUUUACAAAACGAAAUAAAUUCUUCGACUAUAAGCACUAUUGUUAAAAGAGAUCUUCCUGCGACUUUUAAAGAGUUUGGAGAAAAUGAGAUAGAUGUAAGCACUAAUGAUGAAAAAAAAUUUUCUGAGAUUUGUAGGGAGGUCAAUGAAAAUGAGAUGGAGUUAGACCUUCAAGAGCCAUCUGUUGUCUACAUUACUGAGAAUAACUUAGAAGAUCUUGACUGGGAAGUGGUAAUGCAUAAGGUUGAAGUAUAUCGUAAACAACCAAAAAAGUCAAUAUGCCUUCGAUCCUCUUUAUUAUUAUUUGAUCGAUCAAAUAAAGAGAAAGAUCCAAAUGUCCGUGCACGAAUUGAAUUUAAGGUUGAUGCAGCGAUCGAAUAUCAGACUCCAGUUAUUGGCUGUUUAGAGGUUCCUGAUGCUGAAGAUCAAUUGAAGGGUCAUGAGAUCAGAGUGUACGCUUUUGCCGCUUCUGGUAGCCUAUUUCAUUUGGUUUUAAUGUAUGAGGCUUUCCUCCCAUCUUCUCGUGAAGAUUUUUAUAACUUGGAACUUACAUAUCUUGCACUGAAGGAAUACAAAAGAAACUGGACGAAACAAAAAUUAUGCUAUGUGAACUCAGUCGGAAGAAGGUACAGUUGA